UCGCUCACGGAAGGGAUCGUGCGAUCGCAUCCUGAGCUGCCCUCUGGUUUCGUACGUUAGCUUUCACCGUUUAUUGCCCCCAAGGGCGGCGCAACGAAUUUCUGGUAGGGCCUCGCGCACUCACGAUGGCCAUCUACCAGGCGCCAUUGGCGGUUCACGUACUUGCGAUGGUAAUACCAUGUGGCUGUGACGGUAGUGGCUUACCUACGCUUACCGGCACUGUUCGUUCACCACGCAGAUUAAAAUCAAGUUUUACAAUGGCACUGGCUAAUAUAUCAGGUAUUCCUGACAAACAUUGGCAACCUCCGUUUGUGGCUUUAGAAACAACAAUGGGUGAAAUAGUCGUCGAAUUAUAUUGGAAGCACGCACCGAUAACCUGUAGAAAUUUUGCAGAACUCGUUCGCAGGGGAUACUACAAUGGGACAAAAUUUCACAGAAUCAUCCGUGACUUCAUGAUCCAAGGUGGUGACCCAACUGCAACUGGAAAGGGUGGUAUGUCAAUUUAUGGAGAAUGUUUCGAUGACGAAAUACAUGACGAUUUAAAACACACCGGUGCUGGUAUAUUGUCGAUGGCCAAUUCUGGGCCGGAUACCAAUGGUUCGCAGUUCUUCAUUACCCUGGCUCCUACUCAAUGGUUGGAUGGGAAGCACGCAAUUUUCGGACGAAUUCAUACUGGGAUGGCCAUCGUGAAGAGGAUCGGUUUGGUAGAAACUGACAAAAACGAUCGACCGAUAGAUGACGUAAAGAUUAUCAAAGGUUCGGUGAGGAACGCAUAAUUGUAAUACUUAUUUAAUAAAUGAAUCGAAUUUCUAUUUUUCCUAAUUGGACCUACUCUUUAAAGAUAUUAAUCACAACUCACUAUUUCAUAUGUAAAUCGAUGACUCAACUGAACCUAACAAACUAAAUUGAUUCUCGGUCAAAGAAGAAAUUUUGUUAGAAAAGUAAGAUUCUACAGGAACUGUGUGAACAUUAUUUUAGAUAUUAUAUUUUAAUUAAUAUCUAUAUAACAUCAGGAUUUGUAAGGUCUUUU